GGGCUGGGAAACCAGCCGGAGCCGGCGUCUCGUCCUCCCUCGUCCCGCCGGGGUCGUUCUUCACGCCUCAGCGCGGCGUCGCGUCAAGUCCCCGAGCUCUCCGCAGGGGCGUGGGGAGGCAUACAAUAAUUAAAUUCUGAGUAAGUCUACAAGUAGGAUGGACAGUUACUUUAAAGCUGCUGUCAGUGACUUGGACAAACUCCUUGAUGAUUUUGAGCAGAACCCAGAUGAACAAGAUUAUCUCCAAGAUGCACAAAAUGCAUAUGAUUCUAACCACUGCUCAGUUUCUUCAGAGUUGACUUCCUCACAGCUAACUUCACUGCUACCAAAGGACCAACAAUGCAUCAAUAGUUGUGCCUCAUCAGAAACAUGCUAUGAAAUAAGUGAGAGUUCCCAAAAUGAAAAAACAUUUGAGGCACUAACUUCUAUACAAAAUGAAAAAAAUGUAGCAGGGCUUGAUCUCCUUUCUUCUGUGGAUGGUGGUACUUCAGAUGAAACACAGCCUUUAUAUAUGGGACGGUGUAGUAAACCUGUCUGUGAUCUGAUAAGUGACAUGGGUAACUUAGUUCAUGCAACUGAUAGUGAAGAAGAUAUUAAAAAAUUACUGCCAGAUGAUUUUAAGUCUCAUGCAGAUUCUUUGAUUGGAUUGGAUUUAUCUUUAGUGUCAGAUACUCUCUGUGUCUCUUCAGCAGACCGUGGUAGUGAUACAGUCAGAGAACAACAGAAUGAUGUCAACUCUGAAUUACAAAAUAGAGAAAUCAGUGGAACCAAAGAAUUGGGCAUAAAAGUACAUACAACACUUUCAGAUUCUUCUAAUUAUAGUGGAACAGAAAAUUUGAAGGAUAAAAAGAACUCUUACCAAUUGGAACCAGUUGAUUUUAACAUAUCAUCUGCUUUAACUCAACAAAGUUCCAAAAUGUUUGAUACCAAAGACAACCUACAACACAAGAGCCAGACAUGUGAACUAUUAAAAGAUGGUGGCUGUUUGGUAAAAGAGGAGGGAGAUGUGGCAGUCAUAACCACCACACAAUGUUUAAAAGAAGGGGGCAGCAUAAGUGCUUUGCUUUGCAGUCUUCCAAAAAAUGAAGGUUUAUGCGUAAAUGAUUUAAAUUCAAGAGAUAAAAAUUCCAAAUUAUAUGACUUUUCCUUUCAGGAAGAUAAGACUGCUGUAUUUAUAAAACAAUCUGCAAAAGAAGACUUAAAAAAUAUAGACCUUAAAGAUAAUAAUGAUGUAAUCCAAGAGUCCUCUUCAGCAUUGCAUGUUUCAGAUGAAGAGGCACAGUCCUCAGUAUCCUCCUGUCUUCCAGUAUCUGGGUCUUUGUGUGGAUCAUUAAUGGAAAGUAAAGCACAUGGUGAUAUUUUACCUCAGAAUGAAAAUAAAAAUAAUAUACAAGAUGCAGUGACUACGCAUGGAAAAAUGCAGAAGUGUGUUAUUCUAGAUGGGGAACCAUUCAAGGAGAUUGAUCUUUUGAAACCGGAAAAAUGUAAAAACAUACUUAUUCAGCCAUUCAUUGAAAAGACAGAAGAUCGAAAGGUAGAUCCUCACCAGACAGUAAUUAGAGUUGAAUCUUUGGAUCACCCUGAUGACACUAGUUCUUCUACAGUUGUGGAAUCUCAAGAGGAAGUCUCUGGCACUGAUGUCCUAGAGUCUUCUGAUUGUUGCAAAGGUCUUACUUUUUCAAGCAAUGAUUUGGAUGGGCAAGACUUAGGUUACUUUAAUAUUGAUGAAGGCAUGAAAAGUGGCACACUAAUUAGUGAUGCUGAACUUGAUGCCUUUCUGACGGAACAGUAUCUUCAGACCACUAAUGUAAAGUCCUUUGAAGAAAAUGUAAAUGACUCAAAAUCUCAAAUGAAUCAGAUAGAUAUGAAAGGCUUAGAUGAAAACAUCAAUAAUGUAUAUGAAGAAGUAGGAGCUACUGGAAAUAGUUGUGAUAUUAAUAUGAUUUGUGAAACAGUCGAUAAACAAAAUACAGUGGAAGAUGGCCCUUCUUUAGGGGAAAAAAGCACAAUUCCAAUUGAUCAUGGAUUAGCUACCAGUAAGUCUGAGAUUGCAAAUGAAUUAUUAGUCUCUGAUAUUAACAGUCAAUCUGUUCAUGUUGGAGGGGCCAGACCUAAGCAGUUGUUUAGCCUUCCAUCAAAAACAAGGAGUUCAAAGGACCUGAAUAAACCUGAUGUUCCAAAUGUGCCAGAAAGUGAACCCAGCAUGGCAAACACCACUGCUCCGACCACUUGUACUAUGGAUUCUACAACUGAUCCUCAGGUUAACUUCAACUCUAAUUAUAUUGAUUUAGAAAGUAAUUUUGAAGGUGGAUCCAGUUUUGUAACUGCAAACAAGGAUUCUCUACCUGAAAACACUUGCAAAGAGGGCUUAGUUUUGGGCCAAAAGCAACCUACUUGGGUUCCUGAUUCAGAAGCUCCAAACUGUAUGAAUUGCCGAGUCAAAUUCACUUUUACAAAACGACGACACCACUGCCGGGCAUGUGGCAAAGUAUUUUGUGGUGUCUGUUGUAAUAGGAAGUGUAAACUACAAUAUCUAGAAAAAGAAGCAAGAGUAUGUAUAGUCUGCUAUGAGACUAUUAGUAAAGGUGAGUAUUAACCAGAUGCAUUUUCUUUCAGUAAUUAAAUAUAUCUUAAAAACAGUUGGAUUGUGAUGAAGAUAAACUUCUUUAUUUUCUUAAGGCAAGAACCUAGUGUUGACUUAUCUGGCUUAGGUGGGACACCCCAAGGCUUGAUUUCUCUUCUUUUUGUUCCACUCUCACAAUUAAUACUACCAAUGUGGAAAGGAAACAUUCAAUUUCUGGAGUGACAAUUCAUUAACUUUUAACAGGUACCAAGUCCCUAAAUGCUGCAUUUCAUUUGCCUAUUUGUUUUUGUCAUCAUUAUUGUCAUUUUCAUCAUCUUAAUCUAAACAUUUAUAGAUACCUA